UCAGUCUGUGGUUAGAAGCCAUUGUACCACCAGGGUCCGUACUGCAUCCAACAAAAGCAAACUCUACAGUUUCAUGUUAACCCGUUUUUGUUUAAACAUAGAACUGGAAUUUGAACCGUAAAAUAAAGCAAAUUAUCGACAAAAGUUAAGAAAACGAGAGGUUCACAAAAAGCGAACUACGACUGAUUUUUCCACCAGGGAAGUUAACGCUCGGCGAAGGGAUACAACCGACAUCAGAGGAGGAAGAACUGCGGUCCGCUCCCGUUGCUAAUUUCCUCUAUUUUUUUUCCGCUUUACAUUCCGUGCUUGGCUUUUCUCUUAGGUCUGUGCCCUUAUUUAGAUGGCGGCAAGCUUCCCAGACUCUGUAAACGAAAAUGAUAUAGGAAAGGCAAAGUUCAUCGGUGAACUCCUGGUGCCUGUUGCUCCCUUCGACCAGAAGGCUGGACGCGAGACGUGGACAGUAGCCUUUGCACCUAAUGGUUCCUACUUUGCCUGGUCUCAGGGGCAUCGCAUUGUGAGGCUCAUUCCCUGGGCAAAAUGCCUGAAGAACUUUUCAAUCGGCCACAAUGGAGAGGCCACCAAUGCGUCGAGCCCUCGCCGCUUGUCCCGUCAGAACAGCAACGGGGGCCAGGAAAUCCAGAUGGCCGACGAGCCCCGCGAACACACCAUCGAUUGCGGUGACAUCGUCUGGGGCCUGGCCUUCGGCUCGUCCGUCCCCGAGAAGCAGAGCCGCUGCGUUAACAUCGAGUGGCACCGCUUCAAGUUCGGUCAGGACCAGCUGCUACUGGCAACAGGCCUCAACAACGGUCGCAUCAAGAUCUGGGAUGUAUACACUGGAAAACUCUUGCUGAAUCUGAUGGAUCAUACUGAAUUAGUGCGAGACUUGACCUUUGCUCCCGAUGGCAGUCUCAUGUUGGUGUCUGCCUCCAGAGAUAAGACCCUCCGCGUGUGGGACCUCAAAGAUGAUGGUAACAUGGUGAAGGUUCUGCGGGGGCAUCAGAACUGGGUGUACUGCAGCGCCUUCUCCCCUGACUCCUCCAUCCUGUGCUCAGUGGGUGCAGGCAAAGCAGUGGUGGUAGACCAGGGAGGAACCAGCUCAGUACUGAACAUCCACUAUGAGAAGGAGGAACUAGAAGGUCACAGGGCUCUGUUUGUGGGGGUUCGGAUGCCCAGACAGAGCCACCGCCACCACAAGACCCACGGCUCCCGCCACCGCAAGAGAGACAAAAGGGCAGGAAGUAUCGCAACCAAUCAGAGUGAGGAAAGUGAGACGGCCUCCGCCAGUCAUGACACGCCGUCCCAGCGGGUCCAGUUCAUUCUGGGCACAGAGGAGGAUGCUGAACAUGUGGCCCACGAGCUCUUCACUGAGCUGGAUGAAAUCUGUGUGAAGGACGGCAAGGAUGCUGAGUGGAAGGAAACUGCCAGGUGGCUGAAGUUUGAGGAAGAUGUGGAGGAUGGAGGGGAGAGGUGGAGCAAGCCCUAUGUUGCUACUCUCUCCCUGCACAGCCUGUUUGAGCUGCGCAGCUGCCUCAUCAAUGGCACCGUGUUGCUUGACAUGCACGCUGACAGCAUCGAAGAGAUUGCAGACAUGGUUCUGGACCACCAGGAGACGUCCAAUGAAAUGGACGAAAGUGUGAGAGUGAAGGUGCGUGAGGCUCUGCUGAAGAGACACCACCACCAGAGUGAUAAGAAGAAGAACCUGAUGCCCAUGGUCCGCUCUAUCGCUGAGGGAACCCGCAAACAGUCAGAGCCCCUCCUGACAGCAGGGUCAGCCACAUCUCCCCAGCCUCCAUCAGCUACCGACAUUGCCAAAAACGGGGGCGGGCAUGACAGCCAUGUGGACCUCAGCAAGGUGGACAUGCACUUCAUGAAGAAGAUCCCAGAGGGUGCAGAGGCCUCUAAUGUACUGGUGGGAGAACUGGACUUCCUGGAGAGGCCCAUUGUGGCCUUUGUCCGCCUCUCCCCUGCUGUGCUGCUCACCGGGCUCACCGAGGUCCCCAUUCCUACCAGGUUCCUCUUUAUUCUGCUGGGCCCGGAUGGAAAGGCUCAGCAAUACCAUGAAAUUGGACGCUCCAUGGCAACCAUCAUGACAGAUGAAAUCUUCCAUGAUGUAGCCUACAAAGCAAAGGACAGAAGUGACCUGCUGGCCGGGAUAGAUGAAUUUUUGGACCAGGUGACGGUCCUACCACCAGGAGAGUGGGACCCCUCCAUCCGCAUCGAGCCCCCAAAGAGUGUCCCCUCUCAGGAGAAGAGAAAGAUGGCAGGAGUCCCUAACGGCACAUCCAGCCAGGUAGAAGAAGAACUUCACGCUGAGCACCACGGGCCAGAGCUGCAGAGGACUGGAAGGUUGUUUGGAGGUCUGAUACUUGACAUCAAGAGGAAAGCUCCAUUCUACCUGAGUGACUUUAAGGACGGUAUGAGCCUGCAGUGUGUGGCCUCCUUCCUCUUCCUCUACUGUGCCUGCAUGUCUCCUGUCAUCACCUUCGGAGGUCUGUUGGGGGAGGCGACAGAGGGACGCAUUAGUGCCAUAGAGUCCUUACUUGGUGCGUCUAUGACUGGAGUAGCCUACUCUGUGUUUGCUGGUCAGCCUCUCACCAUUCUGGGCAGCACAGGUCCUGUGCUGGUUUUUGAGAAAAUCCUCUUCAAGUUCUGCAAGGACUACGACCUUUCAUAUCUGUCGCUGAGGACUUGCAUCGGCCUGUGGACGGCUCUGCUUUGUUUGCUGUUGGUUGCCACUGAUGCCAGCUCUCUGGUGUGCUACAUCACUCGGUUCACAGAAGAGGCCUUUGCCGCCCUCAUCUGCCUCAUCUUCAUCUACGAGGCCUUGGAGAAGCUCAUCCACCUGGGAGAGGUUUACCCCUUUAAUGUAGAAAGCAAUCUGGACAAACUAACUCUUGCGUACUGUAGGUGUGCAGAGCCUGACAACCCCACUAAUAAAACCUUAGAUCUGUGGAGUGAGAGGAACGUCACAGCCUCAGCCCUAUCCUGGACCAACCUUACUGUCAAGGAGUGUAUCAGUCUGAACGGCCAAUUUGUCGGGACAUCAUGUGGCCCCCAUGGCCCCUACACCCCAGAUGUUCUCUUUUGGUCAACCAUCUUGUUCUUCUCGACCUUCUUAUUGUCUGCGUUCCUCAAAGACUUUAAGACAAGUCGUUAUUUCCCCACCAAGGUGCGUUCCAUGAUCAGCGACUUUGCUGUUUUCCUCACCAUUGCCGUCAUGGUUCUGCUUGAUUAUGCGGUUGGAGUGCCCUCACAGAAGUUGAAGGUGCCCAACAAAUUCAAGCCGACCAGAGACGACCGAGGUUGGUUAAUCAAUCCAAUAGGACGCAACCCAUGGUGGACCGUCCUGGCUGCAUCCAUCCCUGCUCUUCUCUGCACCAUCCUCAUCUUCAUGGACCAACAGAUAACUGCCGUCAUCAUCAACCGCAAAGAGCACAAACUGCUGAAGGGCUGUGGGUACCACCUGGACCUGCUGAUGGUGGGGGUGAUGCUGGCAGUUUGCUCCAUCAUGGGCUUGCCCUGGUUCGUAGCAGCCACAGUGCUGUCCAUCUCUCACGUCAACAGCCUAAAGCUGGAGUCGGAGAGCUCGGCUCCCGGAGAGAUGCCUCGCUUCCUGGGCAUCCGAGAGCAGAGGAUGACUGGCCUGCUCAUCUUCCUGCUCAUGGGCUGCUCUGUGUUCAUGACCGGAGCCCUGCAGUACAUUCCUAUGCCAGUGCUCUAUGGUGUGUUCCUUUAUAUGGGAGUCUCUUCACUAAAGGGUAUACAGUUCUUUGACCGUCUGAAGUUGUUUGGCAUGCCGGCGAAGCACCAGCCAGACUUCAUCUACCUGCGGCACGUCCCCCUGAGGAAGGUGCACCUGUUCACUCUCACCCAGCUCACCUGUCUGGUGCUGCUCUGGGUCAUCAAGCACUCACCUGCCGCUAUCGUCUUCCCCAUGAUGGUGCUAGCUUUAGUUUUCAUCCGCAAAAUGUUGGACUGGUGUUUCUCCAAUCGAGAGCUGAGUUAUCUGGAUGACCUUAUGCCUGACUGGAAGAAAAAAAACCUUGAUGAUGCCACCAAAACGAUAGAAGAGGAAUCACAGGGAAUGCUCAGUACAAAGAAGGAUGAUACAGCUCCUGUUCAGAUUCCUAUGGAGAGCAGGUAUCCUGCCCAGACCCCAAAAGCACAUGACCCCAGGUCUGACCCCUCUGAUAUUAAUAUAUCUGAUGAAAUGUCUAAAAGCACUGUGUGGAAAUCCCUCAACUCCAAUCAAAAAGACACUCAUCCUGUGGCUGCUAAGAAGGAUUGACGGGAUCACCUUCAUAGACGAAUAAAAGAUGUCCGAAGUCCUGGCAGAAUGUAGUUCUGGACCUCAGGACACUGCAAUUUGGCUGCUUUGAAACAAGUCUCAAUGAUUUCUACCAGCUACCCACAACACAUACUGUCCACAAGCUCACAGACAAGGAAAGGUAGACACAUGUACUUCUAUCUUUGUGAGGUGAAUAAUAAUGCUCACAAUCUUACCUUCCCAAAAAAAAGCCAGUGCUUAACUCAUUCUAACCAUCUUAACUAAAGGAAACCAAAUUCUCAUCCAUCAUCAUCUACUUCCAGCUUCACUAAACCACACAGGGAAGAAAGCCUUUAAGGUCUGGCCUGUACUCCGCCGUUAGCUUCCUCUCUUAGUUCUGAGGUUGAAGGAUGAUAUAAGGAUUGAAACUUAAAGACGUUGUCUCCUACAGCAGCAGCAAUCACCUGUGAAAAUUCCAUAAUAUCGAAUAGCUCUUCAUUUAUGGCUGAUAACUUACAGACAUGUCCUGGAGCUGCUCCAUCCACAGUGACAGUCAAUAAUGGAGGAUACAGUCACAGCUGCUGGCAGCCAUGGUGGUUUCACUGAGAUAACAGGACAUUUGCUGAUUCACACCUGAAAGUCGUGCGUUUAUUUCAAUCUCAUUCGGAUGUAACAUCUCAAACAGCCCCAGUUAGUGAGUGUCACUGUGCUGUCUCCAGAAAUGUCAGCCCGUUUUUAUUUACUCGUGGGGACACAGCUGCUGUUUGUCUUUAUAGAUCAACUUCACUUCCCAAAGUCAAUAAAUUAGGUCGUUAUAAAUCAUCUUGUAUGGUGGAUUUUUCAUUUAAUACAAGAACUAGCCAAAGCCAUAAACUGAACCCUAGCACAGAUAAAAAGCAGGAAUAUAUCCAGUUAUUUUAGGUACAGCAAUGUCCACCUAAUGGAGUCAUAUUCAACAGUCCGGCAAUAAAUCCUACCUUCAUGAUUCUCUAAUAUUAAGUUUUUGUUUCAGAAAAUAAUGAAAUCAAACGUGUGGUCAUCUGCUGCAGUCUGUGGUGCAUUACACUCACAGGUGUUUCUAUUAUUUUGUCCAUCCCAUUUACAUUGAUAAGGGCAGACUGAGUGUUAGGGUAGGGAAGCAAUCUUAGAAUUGAAUUUAAAAAAUCCUCCCUGUCAUUUUAUGGUCAAAAUGUGUUUGUAGUUUCAGUAGUUAACUACUCACAGAACAAUAGCCAAAAAGUAAUUAAACUACUUGUAAAUAUGAAUGUAAAUGGGCUACCAGUAAGUUGCUGCAAAAUUGGAUCCACUGUUAAUAGAAAUGGGUAGAAGACAUUUGGUCCUCACAAAGAUAGAACACACACACACACACACACACACACACACAAUGAUUACAACAACAACCUCUCUACUCCCUUUUUUCUUAAUUUCAUCACAAGCAACACUCCACCCAUGUACAUUGAGCUAGGCUUCAUGACACUUGUACUUUAAAAACAAACCAGGUUCUUCUUAUUAAACUAAGUAGGUUUAUCUGUGAUCAUUCCUUAAAUCUACUGUGUCUUUUUAUGUAAUGUGCCAUGAGUGGGUUAAAUCUUAACAGUGAUGAUAUGGUUGAAUAUUUGAUAGAUUUUAGAAAUACAAUGCAGGUUCAG